AUGAAAAAAAAGAUUAAUGUAUCAUUAAAUGGUACUGAUUUUGGUGAAGAAAGUCAACCAGAGGUUGACUUACCAUUUCAGUCAACAUUAGUUGGCUUUAUCGUUUAUACAAAUCGAGAUGGAGAAAGUGUUGAUCUAUUGCAAUUGUAUGGUGUUAGAACUCACCUUGGUCGUUUUGCUGCUCUAGUUAUGGAUACUUUAUUUACAAAGGAAGAGUUAACAUCCAUUACAAAAGAUGAACUAGUAAAAGAUGAUCGUUAUCUAAUUAUAAAAGGUUAG